AUGCAGCACCAGGUCAAUCCCUCGGCGCCGCCCAGCGUCGACCGCUUCGCGCACGAGGACUUUGACUUCCGCCGCCGCGGCACGUGGACCGACGAAAAGGAGCACAUUGUGCGCGGCCCGUUCGAGUACGUCGUCAGCCACCCGGGCAAGGACUUCCGCUCGCAGAUCAUCGCCGCCUUCAACGCCUUCCUCGACGUGCCGCCCGAGAGCCUCGCCAUCGUGACAAAGGUCGUGGGCAUGCUGCACGAGGCGUCGCUGCUCGUCGACGACGUCCAGGACUCGUCGGAGCUGCGCCGCGGCUUCCCCGUCGCCCACAACAUCUUCGGCGUCGCCCAGACCAUCAACUCGGCCAACUACAUCUACUUUGCCGCCCUGCAGGAGCUCGUCAAGCUCGGCAACAAGCACGUCAUUGCCCUCUUCGCCGAGGAGCUCAUCAACCUGCACCGCGGCCAGGGCAUGGACCUCUUCUGGCGCGACACGCUGACCUGCCCGACCGAGGACGACUACCUCGAGAUGGUCGGCAACAAGACGGGCGGCCUGUUCCGCCUCGGCAUCAAGCUGAUGCAGGCCGAGUCCACCUCGGCUGUCGACUGCGUGCCCCUCGUCGACAUCAUCGGCCUCAUCUUCCAGAUCCGCGACGACUACAUGAACCUCUCGUCCAGCGAGUACAGCCACAACAAGGGCAUGUGCGAGGACCUGACGGAGGGCAAGUUCUCCUUCCCCGUCAUCCACAGCAUCCGCGCCGACCCCGUCGACCUGCAGCUCAUCAACAUCCUCAAGCAGAAGACGACGGACGUGCAGGUCAAGCGCUACGCCGUCUCCUACAUGGACUCCAAGGGCAGCUUCGAGUACACCCGCCAGGUCGUCGCCACGCUCAUCGAGAGGGCCCGCAAGAUGGUGGCCGAGCUCGAGGACGGGUCUGGCAGGGCCGCUGGCAUUUACAAGAUUCUGGAUAAGAUGGUGAUUUCGCCAUGA